AAAUACUAGCCCCUCCUUUGCAGUAAAGCUUUGAGUUUCCUGCUCCAAACUUCCAAAAAUAUGGCUCUCAAAUGGUUUCUCAGUUCGGCAUUUACUCAAGUUUUUGGCCAUACCGAUGGCGGUAACUUGCAUGCCAAGGCAGUGGUAUCGUGCCCAAACGAAGGACUUAUCGGUUGCAAGGAAAUGGAAGGAGGGAUUACCAGCAUCAAAACCUGCAAGGAAGACUACCCUAAUGGCUUCCAAAUGCCAGUUCAUUAUCCUCGAUACUCGAAGGCUGAUUACGAGAAGAUGGAAGAAUGGAGGAUCGAUAUGUUGUUGAAGGAAUAUGGAUUCAGCUUUAAUGGUGGCACCGUCGAUGAGAAAAGGGCUUUUGCCAUGGGAGCUUUUCUUUGGCCUGACCAACUUUAAGUUACAUAUAUACAUGUAUGUAGAUUAUGUUUGUUCGGUAGAUUGUGUGAUUAGGAAGUGCUUGCAAAAGGGAUGCUUUUAUUUAUGCUUUGGUGAUGUUGAGGUGUAGUAAUUAACCAUGCCUAAGCAUGAUUUGUAUGGAAAUUAUGUGUUUAAUUAGCUAAUCUUAAUAUAGUUUUUCUAUAUUUUUUUUUCCUUAGAAAA